AUGAUGACAACAACAACUAACAUGAAUCAGAGAGCGCUCCAACGGACAGAUGGGCCUUCGACUGCAGACACCUGCAUGCAAAUGGACUCCAAACCCUCCUCACGGCUCUGCUGGUUUUCUGGGAGGAUGCAUGGUGCGCUGAGCAGCGCCCAGUUCAGACCGCAUUUAGAGAGCGCUCUGCAAACCCGCUCCACACGCCUUAUUAUGGAGUUUUCUAUGACUGAUGUGACGACACUGGGCUUCAGGGUCAGUUUGGAGUCAACGUCAGGUCGGGUUGAGAUAAAUGUCACUCAGACUCAGAGGGGUCUUCAUCCUGAGCAUCAGAAAAACAUGGCUGCUAUAUUUGGUGAAGUUCUGCUUCGUGGAGGAGAUUUAAUCUGA